CAAGGAGCUGUAAUCUUUACAAUUUUGUCUGUCUAGAGUCUAGACGGCGAUGGCGGCAGCAGCACCGGCGGCGACACUUUCUUCUUCAAAAGCUCUUGCAUUUAUCAAUGGCGGUGAGCUCCGACCGUCCUUUUUCUCUUCAUUUAAAAAGAAAAUGAAACUAGAAAUUUGUUUGAAUUUUGAAACUUGAAAGUCUGCUUGAUUCUUUCUCUUAGGGGGAAACUUCCGUUUCGGCAAGCUAUAUCGGAGAAAUUCUAUGGAAUUGGGGAAAUUGGGGAACAGUAGUUUUCAGUUCUCAAGUAUUGGUGGCAGGCGGAUUCAUUUCCGGACCUCAGUACGGAGUUAUGAUUCUACGGGCGGCGUGGAUUUUCCUUCCCAAGAUGAAGCACAACCUCGGGUUUACCAGUGGCCUGACCGGAAGAGACCUAGAGUCUGUAUCUUAGGAGGUGGUUUUGGAGGCCUUUACACUGCUCUAAGACUAGAGUCACUUGUCUGGCCAGAUGAAAAGAAACCUCAGGUUGUGCUUGUUGACCAAUCAGAGCGGUUUGUUUUCAAGCCAUUGUUAUAUGAGCUACUUUCUGGAGAAGUCGACCCAUGGGAAAUAGCUCCAUGCUUUUCAGAUUUGCUUGCAAACACUAGCGUGCAGUUUUUCAGGGACCGUAUCAAAUCUCUCCAUCCAUCUGACCAUUUUGGCAUGUCAGGGCAGACAGUCUCUGGAUCAAGUGGAACAGUCCAUCUUGAAAGUGGCCUUUCUAUCGAAUAUGACUGGUUGGUACUUGCACUAGGAGCUGAGCCAAGAGUUGAUAUUGUUCCAGGUGCAGCUGAGUAUGCAUUGCCAUUUUAUACUCUGGAAGAUGCUUGUAAGGUUGAUGAAAAGCUUAAAGCAUUGGAGCGGCAAAAUUUCGGAAAGAACUUCCCAAUACGUGUGGCUGUGGUAGGAUGUGGUUAUUCUGGAGUUGAGUUAGCUGCAACAAUAUCAGAAAGACUGCAAGAUAAGGGAAUUGUAGAAGCAAUUAAUGUGGACAAUAAUAUUAUGCCAAAUGCUCCUGCUGGAAACAGAGAAGCUGCAAUAAAAGUUCUCUCAUCCAGGAAUGUUAAACUGUUGCUGGGAUAUUUCGUACGUUGUAUCAGAAAAGUAGAAAAUUCUAGAGGUGGUGAUAUAGAAACAGCAGAAACUCGUAAGCACAUAAUAUUGGAGUUACAGCCUGCUGAGAGGGGUAUGCAAAGUCAAACUCUGGAGGCUGAUUUGGUUUUAUGGACUGUUGGAACAAAACCUUUACUUCUCGAAUUAGACUCAUCUGACAAGCCACGUGAUCUUCCUCUCAAUGCAAGGGGUCAAGCAGAAACUGAUGAGACACUUCGGGUUAGGGGUCACCCGCGUAUUUUUGCUGUAGGUGACUCCUCCGCGUUUAGAGACAGCAGUGGAAAAGUACUCCCAGCUACUGCACAGGUGGCAUUUCAGCAAGCAGAUUUUGCUGGUUGGAACAUAUGGGCUGCCAUCAAUGACAGACCGCUGUUACCAUUUCGGUUUCAAAAUUUAGGUGAGAUGAUGACUCUUGGGAGAUAUGAUGCUGCUAUUACACCAAGCUUUAUCGAAGGGCUAACACUUGAAGGUCCCAUCGGUCAUACAGCAAGGAAGAUUGCUUACUUAAUAAGAUUGCCAACCGACGAGCACAGGGUAAAAGUUGGGAUUAGUUGGUUGACAAAAUCCGUGGUAGAUUCAGUUGCAUUGUUGCAAGACACCAUUUCAAAGGGGUUUUCGAGUUCAUAGACCCUAUCAGCAAUAAUUUCUCUGUUCUGUCGUCAUGUAAGAAACGGUGUAACAAGAUUAAUGUAAUCUCUUUAGGACAAAAGUCCCUACAAUUUUCAACUGUAUGUCCAAAUUUGCGCAAGUAAUUUUAAACGAAGAGAUGAUACGAGUCAUACUGACAUGAUCCAACAUUAUGAUCCAACACAGGUGGAAAGAAAUUACGAACCUCUCUAAACUAGAAUCAUGUUUGAAAAUUUAAAAUUAUUACUGUUCUCAUUAUCAAACGAACAUGAGGUAUUAUAUUUAUAUUUAAAGUCCU